CCAUGUUCGCAUCAUUUGUCUGGGACUGAGGUUAUAUAGACCACAGUGGAUGAAAUGUGACCUUGUAUUACAGCCAUUAAAAUUUCCAAGUUGUUGGUGCUAUAUGGUACCUAAAACCGCCACUCGGGAUCAUUAAAAUGGAUUGGUUGGAUGUAUGUUUCUUAUGCCUUUUGGGUUUUCUCCUGCUGUGGUUCUUCGAGAAACUCUGCGUGUGGGGAACUUAUUUUGUCUCUAGAGGAAAAAUUACAAUUGAUAAAAUCAAUUUGAGAGGAGUUCAUAAUGUUCAAAUUACACUCAAAUCGUUACACCUUGUUGCCAAUCAUAUCACGAUAAGUUACAGAAAGCGUACGUUUAUCUUCAUUAUCGAUGGUUUAAACAUCACUUAUCAUCCGUUAAUAGCUGCCACCUCUGUAAAGAAAUUGAAAGCAGGGUCCAAAAACCCACAAGAAUUGCGCAAUGUUUAUUUACCUUCAGCUUUGUAUUAUAUUUUCAAAUUCAUUCAGUUCGAAAUUACUAAUAUUAAAAUAUCACUUAUUGCUCGCUCAAUUACUGUUAAUCUGCAACAUGUCAUUUUGAGAGAAGAGAAAAAUGAAAGUCCCCCCAACAAUUGGUUUAAAAUUGUGUUCACAAUUCGAUCGAUUAGAAUCUCGAAAAUCGUGGCUGCAUGUUCGGAUCCUACAAACGUUUUCACGUGUUUCGAAUUGUCCCUUUUGUCAAUUUUUGACAAGGAGUGCUUCUCAUUUUCCACGAAAUAUAAAUUAUCUUCAAUGAAUUUUGAUAUCAAGGAGCCUUUAAUUAGUCUAAAUAGUAUCUUAAAUGUCAAAAGCGAAGCUUCAUUGUAUAACUCCAAUGGCUUGAAGCCCAAAUUUAAACUCUCACCAGAAUUGUUAAUCGCAUUUUUUCAUCAUAACUUUAUCAGACAAUUGUGUAAGACGUCAAAACUGCCCCCUGUUGUUACCUUUAACAUUCAUUGCUUCAAAUUGGAAGAUAUUUUCCCAGAUAUUGAAAGUUCUCUCUGUACGUUCUCGUACAUGCAAGUAACGGUUACUAUUAUUGACAAGCAAACUAUCCACUGCAACUGUGUAAUUCCACAGUUUGAGUGCCAUUUUGUGGAAAAAAGCGUGAGCACGUUGCUAAUUCAGAGUUUCAAUUUGAUCUUAGACUUGAAACCGCGUUCAGUGUCGGCACGACUUGGUUUCGCGGAAUUAGACUCGCAACUCCAUAUACACCCGGACGAAGAUUCGAUUCCACUUAUAGACUUAAUCCCGGUUUCUCUCGAGUGUUCGCACUCAAUGGAAGUUUCAGCUGAAAUUUCUAUUUCAGAAAAGAGUUAUACCUUGUUAGAUCCUUGUAAUAAAUAUUCGAAGCAAGAGUUCCAGAAUCUGGACUUAGAUACGAAAUUAAGUUUUGAAGGGUUCAUAAGUGACUUCAAUGUUACUACUUACGGUUCGUCGGAGAGUUCGCCCCAUUUUUGCCUUAAAGAGUUUCGAUUUUUACUCAAUGGGGGUGGUUUUCAUUUCACUUACUGUUUGUACAUCGAUGUGAUCAAAAUAUGCAGUGCUCCGUUUGUCAUCGACGCUUUCGUUCAAAGUGUGAAACGACUCAUCCCUCGGAAGAGAUCGGCCUCCAAUGUGAGUUUGAUGCGAAAUGGAUCUUUUAAAGGCGCUGGAGAUGAAGAACAAACAAAGGCUGAAUCCGAAAAAUCUGACUCUCACAGAAAGCUGAAAUUCGAUAAUGAAAUAACGUCGAUUAAUGUAAUGAAGUGUAUGUUUUUGUCUGACCCAGAUCCUGGGAUUAGGAAAGUUCAUAAGGUAUCUUUAACAAUUACAGAAAUUUCUAGAGGUUUCGUGGACUUCGCUGAGUUUAAAUUUGCAAAUCUUUGCUUGUCCGUUCAUCAUGACGAUCGUGUUGUGAAUUUGGCGAAUGUGUAUCAUUUUUCGCUAAAGGAAAUUGCAUGUCCAUGGAAAUCAAUCGAUGUGAAGCUGCGAAAUUUUAAUUCAGAAUGGGAACCGAGCUCUCAUAUGACAGUAUAUACCAUGGUCAAAUGUUACGCAUCCCUGAAAAACUCUUUGAAAAGAUCGCCCAGUAAAGUAUACAAAAACAAACAAAAGCAAGAAACUGGAUCACGUGAACAACUUGUAGCGUGGAAAGUUGACUCCAAAAUGAGAAAAUUGCCACUGAUUUCGGUGACAUGUAAGACGUUUGGAAUACACGCGAAGACUUUGGAUCCAAGUGAAGAACAAAUAGUCGGAGAGUCUUUUUCGAAUACUUUUGAGCUGACGGCGCUGCAAUUUUCAGUCUCACCCUCAUCUUUGUGUAUAAAAUGUUCAUCGUUUAACGUUUUUUGCGAUACAAAUAAGAUCCGAAAUUUGAAAUCAAAGUCGAAUUUGCUGAACACAAUGGAUCCGAAAACUCAUGUCGAUAAAGUGCAAACGUCUCAGGUAGAUCCGAUUUUCACGUUUUCCGAGUUCUUUCUCCAGUAUUCUACAAUUUCGUCCGCUUCUACCGUUGAUAGAGAAAAAUUUAGUCUGUCAACUAAAAACCAUGUCAUUACCCUAGACGUUGACGAAUGCCAAAUAAAGUUUCCGAGUGGAUAUGUUUUUCAUAAAAACUUCUCGCAGCUAACAUUGGCUCGAAAAUGGUUGAAAGCAUUACAUUAUCCGUCAUCAAGCAGUAACCCGACUUCUAGCAAUGAGUCACCGGUAAACGGUCCAGUCAACUCGGAGUCCAACCCUCCUAUUAAAGGUAAAUCAAAGUUCGUGUGGCCAGACUUCAAUUUUACCUUGAAGUCGUUCAAGAUGUCAAUCGAUGAUAGUGUAUUCGAGAAACGCCUCAGUGAAAAUUACAGGUUGCUUCUUGAUGAACAAAUCGAACAAAUGGAUCGAAUGUCAUAUUUCGAAAAGCGUUGGCAAGAGGCUUGUCUAAGUAACCCCCCGGAGUUAUGCACAGAUGAGGUGUAUGAAAUGAAAAAGCAACAGUUGCUUGAAAUGAACAGCAAGUGUUACAUCGAUAGAUGGAAAAGUUCACGUGAUUAUUUCAAAGGAGAUCAAAACUUGGUUUGUAUGACCAUGAAAAACUGGCAGAUACUAUGCUUCGCCGACGAAGAAAUGACAGGGCGUGAUAACAUUAUACGACACAUGAACGAGUUAGACGGAACGACGACAGUUCCUGAAAGCAUCCAAUUUAGUGCCCAAGCUUGUCGAUUAGUUUCAGUCAGCUCAGAUUUGUUUGAAAUAAAAAUCCGAGACUACCCAGAUCCAAUGUAUACAGUUGCAAAUGGAAACAUUUCGGGAAAAUUUUUAGUAGCUAUUCUGCGACCCGAAAAUUCAUUUUCUUUCACAGACUAUUCCCUUGGUAAUCAAUUUGAAGCAGCUAGGUUGAAGAGAAAUCCUGGAAGUCAGAAAUGGUUUCAUAACCUCACCAUGACCUCUGAUGCAGUGACCUUUAAUUGGGGUCAAAAUCGUGAUCCGGGUUGGAAUGAAGUUAGCCAUGGAAUGUCUUUGAUCAACAAACCCUCCGCUGAUCCGAGCCCAUCAUUGCCUUUUUGGGACAAAGCACGCCUUAAAUGCCAAGGAAAAUUCCAUUGUUAUUACAAGUCACUUGAAAUUACGUGGCUGUGUACGUUAGACCCUUACAAACAGUCGGAGAAACUAAGACUCCUGUGGAACAACGUAUGUUACGACUGGGUUCCGAAUAAUCAGAUUUUAUCAGGAGAUCUGAAAGUGGUUAUUCAAACGUGCAGCAAGGCGCCAUUAACCUUUAUACAUGCACCUAGAACCAAGAUGUCAUGGAACUUUGUGUAUCAUUGUUUGGGGAACCCGUAUGCCCAUCAUGCUGUUAUGUUCAAGCCUCAAAAUAUUUACUUAGAUGACUACGACACCUACUCAAGAUUCAGAUCACAGAGCUUUGAUGUUACCUUCUCAAUUUCAAUUCGACCCUCUACUGGAGGUGAGCCAAUGACUGCAGUGAAUGAUGAAGCGCUGUUGACGAGUGACUUGCCUUCAGGCACUGCCAAAAUUGACAUGUUCAGCUCAACUUUCAACUGGUGCCACCAAUUUGGAAAGCUUUUGGGGACGACUGGCCGUCCCAUUAAAAGAGGAGCAUACUACAAAAAUGUCAGAACCAAAAAGAAAGCCUCUCUGAUGCGACAUUUCCGUAACCUAGUGACCAAGUUCGACACUCCUGCCAUCACCUACAAUUACAGGGUGAGCGAAAAGCGAAACAGAGGAGUGACGUGUUACUUCUCGAGUAAUUCACGAUUGAAAACAGAGCAAAGUUUGUAUCUGGAACCUCACAAUGACAGACUAAUCAGACGACCGGCAACACGAUGGGUCACGAGGUCGUUGAUAUUUGACCUCAACAAUGUCUACAUCUUCGUCAUAUCUGAUAACUCAGAGACAGAAGAUCAGUCAUCAUUGAUGGAUAUUUAUAUCAGGGAUAAACGUAACACUGAGCCGCCGCGUAAGCUCCAUUUCAUGUCAAUUCAGAGCUUGUCGUACCAGAAAACGGAAAUCACGCCGAAUACAGUUCGCUCCAGUAAUGACUCGGUUGCAGAAGAAAUCGUGUACUUGACGCCCAUGCAUUCUUUGACAGCAUCAGGCGUGCAUGCUACUUGGAGCAGACGGAACCGGGCGAUUAUAAUGCGACUUUACGACCAGUACUCUUUCAACAAAAGUUUGAGGCAGAAUUUGUCAUCAGAUGCUUUGAAGCCAAUUGUAGUUGUAAACACCGAAGACCCGAAAUCCAAAUGGGACAGGCGGAAGAGUGUAUUGCAGCAUCCGAUUCACAAAAUAUCCUCAAUAGGAACCAGUUCAGAAGAGCUUGAUAAUUCUGAAGCAUCCAUAACCGCAUCAACGCCAUGUAAACAGCAAAAUCCGUUCGCAGAUCCUUUGUACGAGAUCCUCGUGAAAGAUAUUGACAGCAAACGGUUCUUCGGGUUUAAUGAAGAGAAAUAUAUACCCGAAGAUGACGAGGAUGACAAGAUUUCACUGUCAGAUGUCAAUCAACAUAGCUUAAAAGUAGCGAUAUCCGACAUGCAAUUGAAGCUUCUCGGUUUCGACACCCCAGGUCUGGUAAUAGUGACAGCUUCCGACGCCCAAAUUGACAGGUAUCAGCACGAGUCCAUUUGGUAUGAAGACAAACUAUACAGUAAGAACUCGCUGAUUGUUUCUCUUAAUGAUAUGCAGUAUUUUUCCACAUUGAGUUAUAACGACUUAGUAGCUUGCGAAGAAAACGACGAAACGGUAUCGUGGUUGCCUUUGACUGUUGUGAACAUUGAGUCGCAGAAUCUUUCGAAAUCAAUGGACGAACAGUCAUUCCAAGAGGAAGUCUUGACAGAGGCAAUAGGUGCUCUUGUGUCAUCUUGUGGAUCUUAUCGGCUCCAGAGAAUCAUUAGCAGAUGUUGCUGUAAUGUCUCUUUAGUAACUGUUAACUCACUCUCAGAAAACGAAAAUAUGCCUAUAUACAAUGUGCCUUCAAAACAACAAGUGUCCAAAAAAGCGCCAGUUUCGUUAUUCAGACUUCAUCAUAAUGAUCUAUGCAUUAGCACUAACUCGUUUCAGUACAGCUUAGUGCUUGACAUAGUGAAUAACUUAAUUUUAUACCAAGAAAAAUCGAAGAAGAUUUCAAUUGAAAAUCUUAAAAUUUUGAGACUUUCAAUGCAAGUUAGAGAGUUCGCCGAAUUGAAGCUGGCAAUUAUAAAUAUUCAGAAACAUUUGAGAGAAGGGAAUUUUGCUCUGAAAACAUUGAAACGCGAUAGAGCAGCGGUCGAAGGUAAAUUGCAGUCACUUCAAAAUUUAGUAGCUUCAAAGUUAGGUUCGGAAAUCGACUCGGAAGGCUCACAAAGAAUCGAAGAAGAAAUUACUCAUUGGAGAAAAUACGCUUUCGCUCAAGAAGAAUCAGUUGAAUCUAAGAAAAAAGAAUUAGAAGCUUCAGCUCAGAGAUUACAGUUAGCGCUGACCUGUUACAAAGAAUUGCAGCUUAAGAGUAAAAUCCAACUACCAUCAAAUGAUGAAAAACCAGCUGCUGCGAACAAAAAGGAAAUCAUAUUCGCCAAAGCGAAGUGGAGCUUAACUGAAGUUGAUGGUCAAAUAGGUUUCGCCGAUGUUUGCCUGACAAACUUCAAGUAUACAAAAAUUGCGAGUAGUGAUGACAGCCUGGAUCACCGUGUCGCUUUAGAAGAUGUCGAAGUUAAAAAUCUAAUCAAUAACGACCAUUUUGUGGACAUUUUACAAACUCAUGAAAAGAAUGCUAGAAAUAUGGCAAGUAGUAGUAGCGAAUCUUCUAUUCAAAACGAAGGUGAUGAGCUGAGCCCGGACAAUGACAGAGGGAUGAUUCUAGUUGUCCAGAUGAGAGAAAAGCCAGCUGUCGGCGGAAUCCAAAUCCGCGAACUACUGGAUAUAAAAAUUGCGACAUUAAAUAUUCACUUGACAGAAGCGUUUUGGAAGACUAUGAAGCAGUUUUUGUUCCCGGUGGAAUCGAAGCGAAAACAGGAGGAGGAAGAAUUGCAUCAGAUGAGGCUCUUGACGACUGCUUUGCCACACGACAAGGCAGGAAGCAAGUUGACCUUGCAUAAGUCGGGAAGCAGUUCAUACUCGUUGAGUUCGGCACUGGCUUCGAAGAACAAGAAAAAGAAGGUUAAAAAAGAAGCGAAAGACAGGGACUUUGAGAAGUUAUACAGCAGUCACGCAGGCCAUGAGUCAAUAGAUUUAGCUUUUGAAAGAGCGGCGAGGAAUUGUUUGUUUGUGGUGAUUCGCAUCCGGGAGGUACCUAUCUAUGUGACUUACAGAGGCGACAAGAAAAAGAACAUAGAAGACAUUCACAACAUGCACAUCGUGUUGCCUCGAGUGGAGAUACAUAACAUGACUAUGACCUGGAGAGAUCUGCUCAACCAUGUGAGGCGUGAAGUGACGAAGACCAUUGUAAAAGGUUGGAUGCAAGAGAAGCUUCGCCUCGGUGCGUACAGAAAUAGCAAGAUGUUGACAGAUGAAGAUCAAGCGGCUCUAAUGAUAGACAAGGAGAAGCUGCGCAAGCUGAAUGAACAGCAUCUAAACAAGUCAAAAUAAUUGCCAUAAAACCUCGGGGCUUGAUAGUUCUGCUAUCAUUUUAGAAUUAGAGAGGAUAAUAUAUUAGAUGCGGAUCACAAAAUAAACCCUGAAUAAUUUUGUAAUUAGUUUUUAAACCAAUUCUGAUCAAUAAUUUUGUUUCGGUAUUUUAUAGAUAAUUCGUUCAAAAGAAAAUUAUGUUUUGUUAGCUAUUUAAGUUGAUUUGUAGAGUAGAAAUGAUUUAUAGACUUAAUUUUUGAGCUUGUAAACUCGAUUCAUUUAUGACACGCUGAACUGUUUUGCAAUUGAAUUUUAGAGUGUCAAAAACUCUAAUUUAAAUCUCUAAUUUUAGUCCGACCACGUAGUGGGGAGGAAUUUUGUAUUCAGUUGUAUUUUCUGCGCAGGUAUAUCAGGAAAUUUUUCAAAUAUAUGUUUUUGAAAAAUUUCACAAUUAGUUUCCAAUAUUUUAAGUUUAAAUGAACGUUGUGG